CUGGAAUGAUUUGCCAUUUCCUUUUCCAGUAGACUGGAAAGUACCUAUCUUUUAACUUCUUUAUCAUAAGGAAUGGCUUUUUGGGGUGAGAGGGUAGGUAGAAGAAUACAAUUGAAAAUGUAUGUGAUAUAAAAACAAAAGGUAUCAAUAAAAUGUUUGAGUUUUAAAAACUAAAAUGGAAUAUGAGCCCACUGAGAGGAAAACAGAAUUCCCUCAAAAUGUCUCAGAGAGACCUGAACUCUUCUAUAAUCUCUGCUUUUUACUCCCAAGCUUUAUUUGUCUUCUUUUCAAGUAGCUAUAUCAGAGUGGAUCCCCGCAGUGCAUGCUGUGGUCCUGGAGGUCACCAUGAAUCUGACAGGAGAGAUCAGCCAUUGGUUGAACAGCUGAUGAUGGAUGGUGAAGAGGCUGGGGGGGGGGGGCAGCUCUAGUGUGUGCCUUCAUCCCCUGGCAGUGCAGCCAGCUAGAAAUCAGAUCAUUAAGCUGCGUUUGUUGGGCACUGGGAAAAGAAGCCGUUGUACAGUUUCUGAUAGGUUCCUGAUCCCUUAUUUUAUGGAAGAGAGAGCUCAGUGGUUGAUGACCCCAUUCUAAUAUAAUUUGAGAUUGCUUCUUAAUCUUAGUUCUUAGAAUGGAGACUAGGGAAGGGCUCUUUCAUUUUGGCAUGACCUUAACUAUUUGUAAGCACUACCUCCCAAGUUCCCAGGACCCUUUUAUCACUUCAAGAAGGAUUGAGCACAAGAGGGCUACCUUAAAUAACUCAAGUGAUCUCCCCCUCACUGCUAUUGGCAAGCUGUCCAGGCUUCCGUCCAUUUUCUGCCUCUGCCAGGUUCUUCAUUUUUCUGGAGUUUUAGUUAUUUUGAGCUCUGUAUUUGAUCUUUUUGUUUUUCACCAUAGGGAUCCUAUUUAGUUAAACAGUUGCCACAUUAGAGCAGGAAGGUAGGGUGAGAGCUAGAGCAUAGAGACAGAUGGGGUUGUCCAGAACUUUCUGGGGUCAUACUUAUUUCUAAUUCCAGUUAUGUGACUGUGGCCAGAGCCAUAUCCCCUAGAAGUUGGGGUCUGGCAAGCCCAGGAUGAUUAACACAUACUAGACUUUCUGUUCUGGCAUUUGCGAAUUCUUGUCUGCUCUUGGGACAGAUAUAUUCCGGACUAUACUUGGGAUGGGGCUUCUCCAUGCUCUACUCUCUCCACCUCCCAUCAGCAAAGUGAAAGAAAGAUGAAGAACUUGAUUGCUAUAUGACCUUUUUCUUCAUCUUACCUCCAGAUUCCUCAGGUUUAGAAGAAAGUAAAGACAUACCUUUGGAGGGUGGGGGAAAAGGUAAACUUUCCCAGACUGGAGAGAACUCAAGCAGUUUUCAGAUGUAAACUUCUGGCUUAAGAGAAGAGGAAGGAUGGAAAUAUGGCCCAAUCUGGAAUUGGAUACCAUUGAGAAAGCAAGAAAUUUGUGGUGAAUGCUAAAGCUGGGCAACUGGGAAAUCUUGAGGGAGCUGAAUAGUUUGAUUGCCCUUAAAUCAGGAAUUUGUAUAUUACAAAUCCUUUGGUAACUCAAUAUAAUUGGUUUUCUUUGUAAUCCUAUGUAUUUUGCUUGUUAUAUUUAAUAGCUUCACCCCAAGUAAAUACACUUGUACACACACAUCCCCACCAUCCCCGCAGAACAGGCAAGAUGCCAUUUCUCUUUCCAUCACAACAGUGGGCACACCCAGCCAGUUGGCCUGGGCCACAGGCCUAGCAAAAUAACACCUGUGCCUAGCAUUGCCAUGUGUGACUAGAAAUGGAAAAGGCGGCAUCAAGCCCAGAUUGGGGUUUCUGGCUCUUUGUAGGACUUCACUGAAGAUGUCAACUGUGCCUUUGAGUUCCUGCUGAAGCUCAUACCCUUGCUAGACAGGGCUGAUCAGCGGUGCAAGUGAGUGUUCCUCCGGCUUCUGUCUUGCUGAUGUGCCCAAGAAAAGCCAUUCUGUGUAUAGGGCCCCCUCCUUCCUACCUGGACCUACUUUGAGCAUGUUACAAGUCAAGCCUUCUCAUCUCCUGAUUCAUUCCCCCUUUCCCCCUUAGAUGCCUCCUGCCCUGGGAAAGACUGGGAGGAGAGAUGUUGGUGAGACAGGAUUCCUCAUUAGCUGAGUAGACAAGUCCCAGAUGGGCCGAGCAGACCUGCAGCCUGUGCGGUCUAGUGCUUCCUUGCUCCCCUUUCUCAGGUCCCCAGAAAAGCUUCUCGAAAUCUCUGCUUCCAGAGCUGGAGUGGGUCUGAAGGAGCCAGAUUCCCUCUGCCCUAAAGGCUCUCCUGUGUGUCUGUUCCAACAUUGUCCUCCCACCUGCCCCUCUUCUUCCUCCCCAGCUGUGACUGUAUCAACCUGCUGCUCCAGGAGUGUAGUAAACAAGGCCUGCUCUCAGAAAUGAACAAAGACAGUCUGACGGAGAAGCACUUGAAUGAGUUCACAAAGCACAUCAAUGGUGAAAACUCCAAAGCAGCCUCAGUGCGUGCGCUUCUCUUUGACAUCUCCUUCCUCAUGCUGUGCCAUGUGGCCCAGACCUAUAGAUCUGAGGUCAUUCUGUCAGAGUCAAGCACUGUGGGUGAAGUGCCCUUCUUUGAGACCUGGAUGCAGAUGUGUAUGCCCGAGGAGGGCAAAAUCCUGAAUCCUGACCACCCCUGCUUCCGGCCUGACUCCACCAAGGUGGAAUCCUUGGUUGCCUUGCUCAACAACACCUCUGAAACGAAGCUAGUGCAGAUUUUGAAGUGGCACGAGGCCUGUCUCAGCAUCUUAGCUGCCAUCUUGGAGAUUCUGAAUGCCUGGGAGAAUGGAGUCCUGGCUUUUGAGUCCAUCCAGAAAAUCACAGACAACAUCAAGGGAAAGGUGUGCAGCCUGGCAGUGUGUGCUAUUGCUUGGCUUGUGGCCCAUGUCCGUAUGCUGGGCCUGGAUGAGCGGGAGAAAUCACUGCAGAUGAUUCGACAACUGGUAGGGCCUCUCCCCAGUUAGAAUACCCUGCAGUUCUACAAUGAGAGGUCUGUAAUCUUCCCUUUCCCCUCCCAACCUUUCCUUGCCCUUCUGCAUACUGUGCCUCCAAUCACUGUGAUGCUUUCUGGGCUAGAAAAACCAACCAUUUGUGUUGUGCUGCUAAUUCUGCAUCUUUGGGAGGGAGCUCUUAUCUGUGCCUUCCUCUGCAGCCUUUGAUCCUUGGCUUGUCUUCCCUGUUCCUGGGAUUUUUAGGGUCCUGGAGAACUCAGCAUCUUUCAGUCAUUCAUUUAGCAAAUACUUGAGUUCCUCUUAAAAAAAAAAAACAACUGUAGUUUUGAAUGUCUUGUAAAAGGACAAGUUGGCAAAGUGCAGCUAAAAUGUUUUUACAGACACUGUAGAGCACAUUCCCAUUGUGGUACUUUCUGUUCCCCUCAAUGGAAAGUUGACCAUGAUAUAAGAGUCUUCAUCUAGUGCUUUCUUUUAUUAAAAGAUUUCACCGGCUAAAAUUCUGGAUGUAAAGCAGGAAUUCCUAUGUAAUAAUAACAAUAGUAACUAAUGUUUAUAUAGAACUUCAAAGUUUUC